AGGUCUAUUUCUACCUGUUUGUUUGUAUAAUUGUUGUAUUGAGUAACUGUGUAUUGGACGGAAAAAUCUUAUGAAAUUUUAUAUCAAAGAAAAAUUAUCAGUAAUCUUGAUUUAACACUCAGAUCAAAAUGGCUUCAACAAGAAAUUCUAACGCUUCUGAAUUUUCCAGUAAGGUAAAUGACCUGAUACCCCAGCCAGAAGAGAGAGAUGCUAUAUUUAGAUCUCUGGAAGUCUAUCAACAAACUCUAGAUCUUCUCCAUCUGGUAGAGGAAAUGAUGAAAUACAUAGACGAACCAACCAAACUAGAGCUAUUUGAAUAUUUGAGGCCUCUCAUUCCUCCAAAGCAUCAGGUAGAAUACGACAAGUUAGCACCCCCACCUGCUGGACAAAAGUUACGAGUUGUUAAUCUACGGAGACGACAGAAUGAAAGUCUAGGUUUUGCAGUAAGAGGAGGAUUUGAACAUGGUAUUGGAGUGUUUGUUUCUCAGAUUACUCCUGGAUCUCAGGCCGAUUUACAAGGAUUAAAGGUUGGAGAUGAGAUUGUGAGAGUUAAUGGAUUUACUAUUGCUGAAGCCAUCCAUGAGGAAGUUCUGAAUCUUAUUAAAACUUAUAAUCAGAUAGAACUCAAAGUCACAAAUAUUGGAAUGCUUCCUGUCAGAGAUAAAGCUGAACAUGAUGUGACUUGGAAAUACGUAGAGAAACAGGCUUCAAAGAGAAGAUCGCAAAGAGACAGUGGAAGAAAAUCCAACAGCUCCUUUGACAAAGAAGGAGAGGAAGUUAAGGUCUUUGUAAAUUUGAGAACUGCUCCAACCCUUGGUUGUAGUAUAAUCAGUGGUCCACGACAUUUCCCUGGUAUAUAUGUAGAAGUUGUCAAACAGAACAGUCUAGCAGAGAAAGUUGGCAUGGAAGCUGGGGACCAGAUUAUCAAAGUUAACGAUACAAGUUUUAUAGAUAUCACACAUAAAGAGGCUGUGGUGGCAUUGAAAAGCAGUAAAGAAUUAAUAGUUGUGCUCAGGAAAUAUGUCGGUAUUCCAUUAAUUCAGAGUGGUAGUUCUGCUAUGAAUCGUCAGAUGACUCAACCAGCAUCACCUCCACCUAUACCUGUAGCAGACGACGACAGCUCCUCACUGAAUGACAGGUCUGCAGUAAAUGACAGAAUAUUUAACAGAGAUGAUAUUUAUAACACAGAAACUAUGAAGCAGGCUGACAACUUAUUCCAAAAUACAGAUGAGGUACAUGAAGUAUCAUCUUAUAAGCUAAAGAGUAAAGAAGGAAGGUUGCCAUACCAGUCAGAUACAGAAGAGGUGAUACAAAUAGUUGAUAUUAUAGAACCAGAAGUCAGAAUUGAGAAUGAACAUGUGCCAUCAGACAAUGAAGAAGAAGAUACUGCAGAAAGAUUACAAAGAGUGAUGAUGCAAAAAAAGAUGGACAAAAACAAACAUGAAUUGUCUGACAAUGAAGAAGAUGAUACAGCUGAACGAUUACAAAGAGUUUUACAACUGAAGUUAGAUGAGAACAAAAAAGAGGCUGAAUUGUUAAGGAUGCAGGAUGAAAUAUUGUCUGGAAGAGGAGGUCCUCUAAAGAAAACAAGUUAUGGUUUACUUGGAAAUCCUCAGGGACUACAAGGAUCUGAUAAAAGUAAUACAUCUGAUGUCAGCUAUGUACAAAAGAAUUUCAGAUGUAAUUCACUUACUUUUAACACAGUAGAUGAUUUAGGAGGGGAACAGCAAGUUUAUUCUGUGAUAACUUAUUUGAAACCUUAAACAGAUCAUUGUUAAUAUGGAGAACAUAAAGUGUGCUGGAACAUUACAAUGAGAAACAAAAAAAUAUAUUCAUGUGCCAUUUAGUUUUUCAAAAUGUUAGAUAUAAAUAUAAAAAAACAUAUUCAAGAAUACCUGAAUUAUUAUUAUAUGAGCCAUAAAAAGUAUAUGAGAAAUAAAUACAACCACAACAACUUUACAAAGUUCAAAGAACCAUGAAAAUGUGCUCAUGGACAGAUGAAUCCUGUCAGACAGACAUGAACAGCUUCACCAAAUAUAUUAGUGGAGUGACAGAUCAACAAAGAGGUGCUUAUUUUACGACUUUAAUGGACUGGCAUACCUGCAUGCUAAAAACGAUUUUUUUGCAAAGCCAAUACCUUAAGCUAACUUUUUUUGCCCGGUCAUAGACAUUUUCUGCAGUGCAGUUCUUUUAUAAAAUGGAAAGAAAAAAGACGCUUGGAUAUUUUUCAAAGGAGUAGGGGCAAUAGGGCCCUUGUUUUGCCCAAAAAAUACUGCAAAUUUAAAAGUUAUCAUACAUAUUUUUAAAUUACUGAAAACUUGACUAAGGUAUAAGGUACUAAGAAAAACAAAACAAAUUUGAUAUCGAACAAGUUACCAUGGGAAAGAAUCAUGACCUAAUUUGUUAAAUUUUGUGAUUUUCCUUGUUUUUUCAUCAAAUUUUAAGUAUCUUUUAGAUUGAAAAAGUAUGUGCGCACCCAAGAAACAACUUUAUAUUUGGUGAGAUUAUGCCAAUAGUUAUAAUAAAGCUUCUCUUAAAUUAUUUUGUUGUUUCUCAGCUGCACAGGAUGUUUCCUCAACGGAAAUAAUGAUAGAAAACUGCAUAAAUUCUGUAUUUUUCACCGUUUUUGUGAAAACAAUACAUAUUAUGACAUAAAUGUGAUGUCAUCAGAUACAAAUCUUUCUGCUUUUAAUUUAUAUUUCUUGUUCCUAUGCAUUUCUAAACAUUAUGUGCCAAUUUGAAAUGGUUAUCAAACAUUUUAUUUUCUUGGACCAAAACUAGGCUUUAAUGCCCCUACUCCUUUCAACAUGGGACACAAUUUUAUUACUUUCUUUUUUGGUCUUUUAACAUAUGAUUUUGCAUUUUAUACAGAGUUUAAUUGUUUAUCUAUAUUUUUAAAACUAGAAUUCUGUAAUUUUUUUUAUUAAUUUUAUCCAUUUUCAUUCAGUUUAACGAAACACAGUCUGUAUCAUUUUAACGAAUUUUGUAAAUUAAGAUUACAUUGAUAAUUUCAUGAUUUUUCGAAUUAAAAUGUUAUAAUACUU